UGUAAAAUGUCGGCGCUCAAGAGAAAACGUGGGGGAAAUGCUGGAGGUGCCAAAGCAGCAAAAAAAGUGAAAUUCGCCGAAAAUGGAACUCAAAAACAGAAGACAGAGUCGGACCAGGAACAGAAGAAUGAAUAUAGUGUUCCAGCUCCAGUUUCAAUGGGGAAGUGGAAGAACAAAGAACGGGUUCUCGUGUUCUCUUCGAGAGGUAUCAACUUCAGAACGAGGCAUUUGAUGCAGGACCUUAGAACCAUGAUGCCACAUACAAAAGCAGAUACAAAAAUGGAUAGAAAAGAUAAACUUUUCGUCAUAAACGAGGUCUGUGAAAUGAAAAACUGCAACAAGUGCAUAUUUUUUGAAGCCAAAAAGAAGCAGGAUCUCUACAUGUGGAUUUCCAAUGUUCCCCACGGUCCAUCAGCUAAAUUUUUGGUUCAGAACAUUCAUACUCUGGCCGAACUCAAAAUGACUGGAAAUUGCCUGAAAGGGUCCAGACCGUUGCUUUCAUUUGACCCUAAAUUUGAGAAGGAACCCCACUAUGCCCUGCUUAAGGAGCUGUUCAUCCAGAUAUUUUCUACUCCUCAGUAUCACCCCAAGAGUCAGCCGUUUGUUGACCAUGUCUUCACGUUCACAAUAGCAGACAACAGGAUUUGGUUCAGGAACUACCAAAUAAUUGAAGAAGAUGCAUCCCUAGUGGAGAUUGGGCCCCGCUUUGUCCUCAACCUCAUCAAAAUAUUCCAGGGCAGUUUUGGUGGCCCCACGCUCUACGAGAACCCACAUUUCCAGUCUCCCAAUAUGCACCGGAGAAUGAUUCGGCUGGCCACAGCUGCCAAGCUGCGGGAGAAACAGAUGGUGAAGGAGCUGCAGAAAAUGAAGAGGAUAGAACAGAAAGAGGCGGUGACCCAAGACGUCACGGAUGACGUAUUUGCGACACCUGCUGAGGAAAAACCAGACGAAAUAGAACUGGAGCCCCCAGCACCCAAAUUUGCAAAGAAGAAGAAAAACAAGGAGUUCAAACGGCAGAGGCAGCUGAAUAGCAAGAAACUGUAACUGGUUCCCACCAUAAGAUGGUUUCUUCAGUGUUUCACUGCCUCUUCUAAUUGGACCCUGAAAUCGGGAGUGGUGAACCACAUGUGCAGUCAACCGGCGCAAGAAUACAUGAAUAUUCAAGGGUACCAGAGUGCAACACCAUUCAGUUUUUACCUGAUAUCUGUCUCUGACACUUGUGAAGGAACAGAGAACUGAGUGCUAGAAUUUGUUCUUUCUGUCUAAUGGUAAAUGCUUACCCUAAACAUUGUUUUGUCUG